AAAGGAACCCUAGCCGAACGAAAAUAAAUUUGAUCUAUCUGAUUCAUACUCUCUAUUCGAAUUCAGUUCUCCAUUUGGGCUCUAGGCGGCCGGAGCAAGGGAACUCAAGAUUAGCUGCAGCAGAAGGCAGAUGGACCAGCUAAAGAUCGGUGCCGGAAGUUUGUUUAAUAUUCCGAUCACUGAAUUCAAGUGAAUAGAAGAUACCGGUGCUCUUUGGAAGACGUUGCUACUUUGGAAUAAUUUCUCUUUGCCGUACUGCAAAUUUUUGGGUUAACUUGUUUGUGGAAGCAGGUGUUAGACAAACUGAGAUUGCUUCAAAGAAGAUGCAAAUCUCCAAACACUUCAUCAAGAAGCAUAUUCUAGAUCGACCCUCUUCUGUUCAAAAGCCUCUCCAUUAUUCCAUAUCCUCUACUGGGUCUCUUUCUCCCGAUUACCAAAUUACAUCCCCAGUUCUUCAGAUUUGUGUAUGUCCAUCUGCUUCUGGAUGUAUCACCAGCUUUGCCCACCAAAUGAUUGAUAUUAGGUUUCUAAGACCUCAACGUCGAUUAUUUUCUAUUACAUCAGCUUCAAAAUUACCCCCACCAGAAAAGAUUAAUAAAAGGCAUAAUGUUAAGGGUAAGCAGUUCAGCUCUAAGUUAACUGUAAAAGAGAGAGCUUUAAUUGUUGAAGCCAUUAAACACGAUGAUGGUGGUAGUAGCUUAGAUUGGCAGUUGAACAAGGUGGCUGAACGUCUUUCAGUUGACUGUUUAAGCCAGAUUUUCAGCGUUUUGAAUGGCCAAAGAGUAUCAGGGUUACCUAUGUUUAUCUGGGUUUUGAACAUGAAGCGUGACUUGUAUCGUAAUUCAAACUUCUGUAGCUUAAUCAUUGACAACUGCGGAUGGUUAGGUGACUAUGAGACAAUGUCUAGCAUCUUGAAUGACUUGAAAUCCAAAAACCUUUGUCUUACUAGUAAAGCAUUUAGUUUUUUGCCUGUUUUAAAUUCGACUAAUUCUCUACUGAUGGAAUCAAUAGCAAAACUGAUACAAGUAUUAGACAAAGUUGGAGGAUCUUCUCGUAGUUCAGGGAUUAUAGGGAUGAUUGAAAUGCUUUGCAAAUCAGAGGCAUUUGAAAUGGCAGAUUUCGUGAUGAACAUAACUGAACGAAAGCCUCAAUACUACAAGGUUGUGAUUCGUGAAAAAUGUAAGAAAUGCCAUUUUCAAGAUGCACGGAAGACCCUUGAAGACAUGAGACAUUUUCUUUGCGAGCCAGAUGUGAACAUUUACAAUUAUCUGCUUAGCUCUUUAUGCAAGAAUCGUAAAUUAGCUGAAGCUCUUAGUGUGUGUGAAGAGAUGAAAAACAAUGGUAAUCAUCCUAAUUCGUUAACUUUUGAUAUCUUCAUUCAUUUCACAGCACGAGAGGGUAUGUUGCACGCAGCAACUGAGUUUCUGAAUGAGAUGAUAAAUAUGGGGCUUGAACCUAGGUUUUCAACGCAUGCAGUCAUAAUUAAAGGGUUUCUCCAUUCAGGGAGACUUGAGGAAUCUAAAGAAUAUGGUAUUGAUUCUGAAGUUGUUGAGUAUCAUCAAAGACAUAGGAAUAUGAUUUACUGUUUACUAGCUUGCUUUCAUCAACAGAAAGGGGACAUUCUCAGGGCCAGAAUCAUUCUUAUUAAAAUGAUGGACAAGAGUCUAAGACCUAACUUAUCAGUCUAUAGGAGAGUGUUUAAUCAGCUCAAGAAUGAUGGCCAUGAAGAAUUGGCAAGAGAUCUGAAGAAUAGGUUCUCUAGUUUCACACUGGAGUCUUGUGUUGCUGUUACUGCUAUAACAACAUAGAAAUUUGAAUGAUUUGUUUUAUUUGAUUGAGCAACUGGAGGAGCUGCUGAAAAAGAAAUAAGCUAUUGUGCUUGCAAAGUUUGACAUUUUAGCAAACCCAAGACCCUGGUAAAUUGCACAGCUGAAAUCUAGCUCAUGCGAGAGAAAAGGUGGAUCAAAUGGUGAAAAGGUUAUACUAGGAGGUGUCGAAUUCCUACAUGAAACUCAACCAGAGUUUAAGCAUAUCCACUAGGAGGGAUUUUUCAGUGCCAGCAUUCUUGAAACCCCCGAUUUCACAUGGAGACUUCCCAAGAACCUUGUAUAUAGCCAACUGUUCAAUGAAUUGGCCAUCUUUAUUCUUAUAUUCAUUUCCUUCCAAAUUUUACAUAUUUGUUGUAAACUUCACUUGAGUGGAAAUUAUUGUCUUUGGUUCUAAUAAAUUUGUGAUGAAGUAUUUUGAUG